GCAAUUGGUAUCUCAGCCGAUGGAUAACUUUUUGUUGUUUGGGGGUUUUUAUGGUGUCUCAUCCUUUUCGUCAGUAGGAUUUUUAAACAUGAAAUAAAAGCUUUUUUUUGACUGAGCCAGGAGACCACCUCCAUUAACAGUAUAGUGAUUGACAUCCAGACUAAACAAAAUGGUAUCAUGGAAUUGAGCACGGCAUUCUUCCAGCCUUGGAUUGUGAAACUUAUAGAACAGUAUGAAAAUUCAGAAGAGCUGACCAAAGCAGUUAAAGCUAAAGUGUUAAAGUUUGUAAAUUUGACUGCACUUCAGAAUGAAACAACUGAAGGUCAGAAUGUUAUUGUCUACCUGUCAGACCAUGAGACCUACAUCCCAGCGGUUAUUUCCCAAGAAGCGAUACAGGCUUUGGAUGAGGAGGAAGACCAUUAUGUUUUAAGUGACCUCAAAAAUAAAGUAAUUGUUUUAAGAAAAUAUAGAGUGAUGUUUCAGGCAGAGACUGAGGAGAAAAAAUGUGAAUUCGUUAUUGAGAUCCUCAAUUUCAGGAUUAUGUCAAUAUAUACUGACACCCCACAUGUCUGUGACUGUAAAAGUCUUCCUGAAGUAAAACAGAAAAUUCACAAACUGUGGCUAUCCUUCGUGGGAGAAGAUUCAAUUUCCACUGCAUCACAUGCAGGCAUGUCCUUGACGCAGAUGUUAAGUUACAUGAAAGAGGAUGGGUUUACCAAUCUGGUCAAUCUAGCAACAGAAUGCCUUGACAUUUCUGAUCCUGCAGACAGACCAUCUACAUCCUGGGACACCCAUUUACUGUUUCCAGCUCCUCUAACUGGCUGGAAGGCUGAAAGAAGGAAAAAUAAGGGUGUGAAGCCUUUCUCAAUUCCAAUUUCCCUACUUACUAUCCCUGAGGAGCAGAAAAAAAUCAUUGAUAAUAUUCCAGAAUGGAGGGAAGACUAUGUUAGUCCUAGAGAGGAUACAGGAAUGGAGGUCCUGCCUGCCGUUGACAUGUCUGUAUCAGUGGAGUCUGAAUCCACAGCAACCAGCUUUUCAACCCUAAUCUCUGAAAAAACCGUCGGGAGCUGCGACACGGGGGCUUCCCAGCUUCCCUGGAACCAGUAUCCGGGCUUGGAUUUAACAGACCACUCAUCACAUGACACAGUGUCUCGCAUCGAUUCCCCUGAAGACCAAAGCAGACAGCCAUCCAUUGUGGAGCAUGCGACCAGUUCUAGUACAUCAACAAACAUUCACACACAAAAGGAGACUUCUCAAAAUCAGCAGUUGGCACCAAUAGUAGACUCUGACAAUCUGGAUCGAACACCACUGCUGUUUAGGAUAAGUAGCUUGAAGCACCACAAUCAAGCUGUACUGACAUUUGUUUCCAGGCAGAUUUCUGAAGGCUCUCUCACCAGUUAUCAGAAACCAGGCCCUUCCAGAGCAGAAACAUCUUCUUUUGCCCUGUCUGCCAAUAUUCCACAGCCCGUGGCUGUUUCUUCUGAAGCCUGUCUUAGUGACCUGCAAGUUGAUAACAGGGAGAACUUACAGGUACAGAGAAAGUUUCUAUCAGCAAAGAGAAAAUGCUCAACCCUGAAUCCUGCAAGCAAAAAGGCUGUUGUCAGCUCAGAGGACGACACAUUGAGGAAGGCUGUCUGCAUCAGAGACUCCAUGCGGGCUUCUGAUUCUCCAACAAAAGAAAAAUCCAAAGAAUCAGGACUUGGGAUGAGAUCUAAUCAGAGUCAUGUCUGUACAACCAGAAACAUGACUGGGGCGUCUGCUAUAAAUGAGACGUUCCAAACACCUAUUACGAAGCAUUCUGAUGGAACACCAUUCAUGUAUGUUUACCAGCCUUCAGUCAGCCUUCAGAAGAGAGUGGCUUCACUAAGACUGUCUGGUGCUUUGCUGAACUGGGCCACACAUUACAUCGCCAAACAGGAGUAACUGCAGGAUGUAAGGAAGCUGAAGCUCUGCUGCUGCUGCUGCUGUUGAGAGGAAUGGCCUUUCAUUUGGAUUGAUGGACUUUAUUCAAAUGUGAAUCAUUAAAUGCAGAAAACCAAUAAUAGCUUAAUAAAUUGGUCAUAAAAUGGAGCUCACCUUGGUAGGCCAGAGAUGUUCUUUAACAUGGGCACCCUUGUUUUGAAUAAUUGGCUGAGCUGCUUACACAGUGAGAUGGUGUUUUAUGCAUUAAUUUACUUACCCAAUCUUGUAUAUAAACUGCACUCUUCAAAAUGUGUGUGUGUAUAUAUAUAUUUUUUAUUUUUACAUAAGUGCUUGAGUUGGCCUGAACCUUGUCCUUUUACACAAUACAAUUUUAGCAUCUCCGAAUGAAUGAAGUAUGGUUAUAAAUGUGAUUAUUUUCUACCUCAUGAAGAAGCUUUUUGUUAUUAAAUAUUUUGAAUGUCA